AUGCCAUCAGCAGUCCCCAAAUCAUAUCAAUACACUCACGUGCCAGAGACCAAGGAGGAUCUCGACUGGGCCGACCUUCCAACCGUGGACCUCGCCAAGUAUGGCACACCUGAAGGAAAUGCAGAGCUGGCCCAGACGUUGAUCGAAGCCAUCCGGACCAAAGGCUUCUUUUACGUCAUCAACUAUGGCAUCUCUCAGGACGCAGUUGAUCGCCAGUUCGCCCUGGGCCAAAGCUUUUACAAGUUGCCCCUGGAAGAGAAAUUGAAAUACGUCCCUGACCUCGAGAACGGCGUAUACAACGGCUACCGUCCUGCAGGUCGUCGCAUUAUGGGCAACGGCCAACCUGACAAGGUUGAAGUUUGGAACAUGGCGACAAACGAUGGUCACAUAACCCAGCCAGUGCCCCAACUAGUCCAAGACUCCCUCCCCGAGAUCGAGUCCUUCGCCAAAGACCUACACGACAAGGUCCUCGACCCACUCAACCACCUGAUCGCCCUGGCCCUGGAGCUACCACCCGACUUUUUCACCAAGCUGCACCAGUGGGACGUGCACGACGAGUCUCACCUCCGCUACAUGAACUACGGCAAAUACUCACCGGAAGAAGUCGAGCGGCUGGCAGGCGGGCACUGGGCCGACGGUCACACAGACCUGGGGACCAUCACGCUGCUGUUCCGACAGCCGGUGGCGGCGUUGCAGAUCAAGGACCACAGCACAGGGGAGUGGAAGUGGGCCAAGCCGCUCGACGGCAGCCUGACGGUCAACACGUGCGACGCCCUCAGCUUCCUGACCGGAGGGUACAUCAAGUCGACGGUACACCGGGUCACGCUGCCACCCAAGGACCAGCGCCACGUCGACCGGCUCGGUUUGUUGUAUUUUGCCAGGCCGCAGAACGAUCUGGUGCUCAAGACGGUCGACUCGCCCGUCUUGAAGAGGGAAGGGUUCACGCAGAACGAGUUUGAGGCCGGUGGACAUCGUGUGCCUACCAUGGGAGAAUUCACAACUCUCAAGCAAAGAUGGCAGCAGAGCAAAGGAUAUCAACGAAAAGACGAACUCAUCCUACCCGGGUUCACAGGCAAGAUCAUUAACUGA